CAUGACGUAUUGAACUACGGCAACUCCAUCUAGGACAUACAGUACAGUACAUCGGAUGGCUGUACGAAUAGCUAACAUUUCCAUCAUUUAUCGACAUUAUUGUUCCUUGCAGAUGUAGCUUUGAAUAAUGGCAGCGCAUUUGAAAAAACGAGUAUAUGAGGAGUUCUCAAAAGUUGUUCAGCAACAUCCACACGAAGAAGCUCCAGCUAAAAAGCUCCGUCUGACCAAACCCAGCAAAUCUGCAGCGUUGCACAUCGACUUGUGCAAAGCAAGCACCCCCACCGACGCCCUGCAAUAUCUCCUUCAAUUUGCCCGCAAGCCCGUGGAAGCAGAGAGCGUGGAAGGCGUGGUGCGCAUCCUUCUCGAGCAUUACUACAAGGAAACUGACAGCUCUGUUAGACUGAAGAUCGCCUCCCUCCUCGGUCUACUGUCUAAAACUCAAGGAUUCUUGCCUGACUGCAUAGUGGAUGAUGCCAUUAACACACUCAACAAUGAAAAAUCCCACCAGGUUCUGGCCCAGCUUCUGGACACAUUGCUGGUCAUCGGCACCCAGCUCCCAGAGAACACAAGCCUCAGGCACAGGCUGGUUGAGGUUGCGUGCAAGCACCUGACAGACACAUAUUUUGGGGUGAGAAACAAGUGCCUGCAGCUCUUGGGGUGUCUGGGCUCUGGAGACAAGCCCCUGUCCAAGGAGAGCGAGGGUGCGGCCGCGGGCACGGCCCCGAGGGAUGUGCAGAGCAUCAUCAGCGAUUACUUCGAAGACCAGGAUCCCAGGGUCCGCACCGCAGCCAUCAAGGCCAUGCUGCAGCUGCACGAGAGAGGGAUCAAACUACAUCAAACCAUUUACAGCCAGGCCUGUAAGCUUUUAUGCGAUGACUAUGAGCAGGUCCGCUCUGUGGCAGUGCAGAUGGUGUGGGUCCUGAGCCAGCUCUAUUCUGAGAGCAUCGUGCCGAUCCCUUCGUCCAGUGAAGAGAUCCGGUUGGUUGAUGAUUCAUUCGGCAAGAUCAGCCACAUGGUCAGUGAUGGAUCGUGGGUAGUAAGGGUCCAGGCUGCUAAGAUAUUGGGCUCAAUGCAGCAGGUCAGCCCACAUUUCCUGGAGCAGACUUUGGAUAAGAAGCUGAUGUCUGAUCUAAGGCGGAAGCGCACAGCCCAUGAGAGGGCCAAAGAGCUGUACACCUCCGGAGAGUUCUCCUCCGGCAGGAAGUGGGCAGAUGAUGCCCCCAAAGAAAGGGUGGACACCACGGCUGUGAACCUGAUAGACUCCGGGGCCUGUGGGGCCUUUGUCCAUGGGCUGGAGGAUGAGAUGUUUGAGGUUCGAAUCGCAGCGGUCGAAGCCCUGUGCGCGCUCGCGCAGUCCUCGGCCAGCUUCGCCGGGAAGUGCCUGGACUUCCUGGUGGACAUGUUCAACGAUGAGAUCGAGGAAGUCCGGCUGCAGUCCAUCCACGUCCUGCGGCAGAUCUGCACCCACAUCACCCUCAGGGAGGACCAGCUGGACACCGUGCUGGCUGUGCUCGAGGAUUCCUCCCGAGACAUACGGGAGGCACUGCAUGAGCUUCUGUGCUGCACCAACGUCUCCACCAAGGAGUGCAUCCAGCUGGCCCUCCUGGAGCUCCUGAAAAACCUCACCAAGUACCCGACCGACCGCAACUCCAUCUGGAAGUGUUUGAAGUUCCUGGGGGAGCGACACCCGACCCUGGUGCUGCCCAUUGUCCCAGAACUGCUGAGCACCCACCCGUACUUUGACACACCUGAACCUGACAUGGAUGACCCUGCCUACAUUGCCGUGUUGGUGUUGGUUUUUAAUGCUGCCAAGUCGUGCCCCACCAUGUCGGCUCUAUUCUCCGACCACACAUUCAGACAUUAUGCCUACCUGCGUGACAGCCUCUCUCACCUAGUACCGCAGCUCAGGCUGCCGUGUGGGAAACUGUUCGGUGUGUCCGAGUCCUCCGGCCCUGCGUCCAGCCUGGAGUCAGCCCAGCAGUUCCUGCAGGACAGCCUGUCUCGAGUCUGCACCGUCCAGCACCUGGAGGCCCCCGGGGCCCAGGACCUGCUGGAGUUCACAAUCAGAGACCUGCGGAGGCUGGGGGAGCUGCAGACCGAGCUGGCCGGGGCUGCGGACUUCAGCGCCACAUACCUGCGCUGCCAGCUGCUGCUCAUGAAGGCUUUACAGGAGAAGCUGUGGAAUGUGGCUGUUCCACUCUACCUGAAACAGAAUGCCAUGGCAUCGGCUGCAGUCAAACAGAUCCUGGAGGAGACCUACAAGCUGGAGUUCCUGUACAGUGGGCUGGAGACCCGGCAGGUGGCCAUCAUACACCACGUCCGCCUGCAGGCCAAAGCGCUCCAGCUGGUCCUGACCGCACGCACGCGACGAGGGGUUGAACCUCUUCUUGGUGUCUCUGAAAAGUUCCUUCAAGAAGUGGAUGCUUUUCAGAGGCUUUUCAUCGCAGAGCUUCCACAUUUCCAGGACAGUUUUGUGGAGAAGCUGCUGGAUUUGAUGCCCAGGCUUGUAGCCUGCAAGCCUCUGGACCUGGUGAAAAUCCUCCAGACCACACUGCGGCAGAGUGGCUUCCUGCACCUCAAACUGCCUGAACAGAUCCACAGAGCCUCUGCGACCAUCAUUGAGCCAACUGGAGAGUCCGACAACCCCUUAAGAUUCACAUCAGGACUGGUGGUGGCGUUGGACAUCGAUGCAACAUUGGAGCAUGUGCAAGACCCACAAACUUGGGUCAAAGUUCAGGUUCUGUAUCCAGAUGGACAGUCGCAUGUGAUUCACCCCAAACCCGGAGAUUUCAGAAAACCAGGACCAGGAAGACACAGAUUAAUCACUCAGGUGUACCUCUCUCAUUCCGCAUGGACAGAACCGUGUCAGAUUGAGGUGAGGCUGCUCCUUGCCUACAGUUCUAGUGCAAGCAGGGUCCCUGUUCCCAAAACCCUGGCGUGGAAUGAGAGCACAGAAGGCCUGCCCUCUUCUGAGGGCUCCAUUGAGGGCACCAUCCCCUUCAGCAAGCCUGUGAAGGUCUUCAUCAUGCCCAAACCAGCCCGCCGCUGACCUGGAAAAACCCUGACACUUGGAAAUAGUGGACUGCAUCACUGGCCCCAUGCUGGGGGAAUAUGGAAUUCUCUUAAAGCCACCAAAAUCACUGGGGAUGUUGAUUUAAAUAGAAGUAGUGUUGGUUUGGGCAUCAGUAUCUUCGUGAAAAGAGCUCCACUCCAAAAGAGUUUUGUAUGGUGAUAUUUUUCUCAUUAAAAAUUAGGUCCAAAAUACACAA